AUGGUUAAUAUUACGAUACGUUUGGUCGGUGAAGAGAAAGAUAGAUUAUUCAAACGAAUUGAGUUGAUUCCACAGGUUUUUUUACUAUAAUGGUUGAUAAUAAUUGAUUUAAUGUUAACUUCAGAUUCAUGUCGGUGACCUUGUGAAAGAGAUUGAGAGUGUGACGAAUAUCCCACAAAACUUUCAACAAAUCGAGUUUCGUUCUGAAGAGCUACCCGACUCUCUUCAUCCUCUCGAAUCGAUCAACGAUUUUGAAGAGCUCGUCGUGGUAAGUUGUUAUUUUAUCUAUAGACAUUGCUUUUUAUUGUUUAUACAGCUAUGGGGAGUCAUUUUACCGUUCCUACUCACAUGUCAGAUUUUUUUUUAGAAUCAUGCAGAUCUUCCAUGGUGGAUCGAGUACAGACGCAGUGUUGAGCUAGUGUUGAAGUAGUGCUCGGACAAAUUUGAAAUCGCAAAAGAAGCGGUCCGACAUCAUGAACGUUUGACCAAAAGCGGAUUCUUCCACGUCUACGCCCAAUUCUGCAUGUUUCGAAGACAGAAUCAUUAUAAAGUCGCUGCUUGGACUGGUGACGUGGGAUUGAUUCGUAAUGCGGCCGAACAAUACUUCCACAACCUCCAUGAUCAGAGCAGAGGGAACAAAGAUCACAAAUUCAUUUGCUAUUUCGAAGAACGAGACGCGGACUUAGGAGGCAGGCCCACGAACACACUUGCGUUUGUCUAG